AUGUGGCUCAGGGUCAUUAUGACUUUCCUUUCCUUCCUAGCAGGUGCUUGCUCAGGGCUGAAAGUGGCAGUGCCCUCACACACCGUUCAUGGUAUCAGGGGUCAGGCCCUCUACCUUCCCGUGCACUAUGGAUUCCACACUCCAGCAUCAGACAUCCAGAUCAUAUGGCUGUUUGAGAGAACCCACACGAUGCCCAAAUACUUACUGAGCUCCGUGAACAAGUCUGUGGUUCCUGAUUUGGAAUACCAACACAAGUUCACCAUGAUGCCACCCAAUGCAUCUCUGCUCAUCAACCCACUGCAGUUCACUGAUGAAGGCAAUUACAUUGUGAAGGUCAACAUUCAGGGAAAUGGAACUCUAUCAGCUAGCCAGAAGAUCCAAGUGACCGUUGAUGAUCCUGUCACAAAACCAGUGGUACAGACUCAGCCUUCCUCUGGAGCUGUGGAGUAUGUGGGGAACAUGACCCUGACAUGCCUCGUGGAAGGAGGGACCCGGCUGGUUUAUCAGUGGCUAAAAAACGAAAGGCCUGUCCACUCCAGCUCCACCACCUCUUUUUCUCUGCAAAACAAUACCCUUCAUAUUGCUCCAGUGACCAAAGAAGACAUAGGGAAUUACAGUUGCCUGGUGAAGAAUCCUGUCAGUGAGAUGGAAAGUGACAUCAUUAUGCCUACCAUAUAUUAUGGACCUUAUGGACUUCGAGUUAAUUCUGACAAGGGGCUUAAAGUAGGAGAAGUGUUUACUGUUGAUAUUGGAGAGGCCAUCUUGUUUUAUUGCUCUGCUGAUUCUUAUCCCCCCAACACCUACUCCUGGAUCCAGAGGACUGACAAUACAACAUAUGUCAUUAAGCACGGGCCUCACUUGGAAGUUGCAUCAGAAAAAGUAGCCCAGAAGACAACUGAUUAUGUGUGCUGUGCUUACAACAAUGUAACUGGACGGCGAGAUGAAGCUCAUUUCACAGUCAUCAUCACCUCUGUGGGACUGGAGAAGCUUGCACAGAAAGGGAAAUCAUUGUCCCCUUUAGCAAGUAUAACAGGAGUAUCACUCUUUUUGAUUAUAUCCAUGUGUCUUCUCUUCCUAUGGAAAAAAUAUCAACCCUACAAAGUUAUAAAACAGAAGCUAGAAGGCAGGCCAGAAACAGAAUACCGAAAAGCUCAAACACUUUCAGGCCAUGAAGAUGCUCUGGAUGACUUUGGAAUAUAUGAAUUUGUUGCUUUUCCAGAUGCUUCCGGUGUUCCCAGGAUGCCAAGUAGGUCUGUUCCAGCCUCUGAUGGUGUAUCAGGACAAGAUUUUCACAGUACAAUAUAUGAAGUUAUUCAGCACAUCCCUGCCCAACAGCACGACCAUCCAGAGUGAGCAUUCAUGGGUAAAGCAGUGCAUUGGAGUGAAAUAAUGAAGGAACAUUUUGAGGAAAAACAGUGGAAAUGUAUAUUCAUCUGGAAUCAGUGAAGAAACCAAGCCUAAUACCUCUUACUCAUUACCCCUUUUAAAUGCAGAAUAGUCAUUUAUAAAAAUUGUACUGAACGUUUUCCAGCAUAUACACAAUGCAUUGUGCUACGAAGAAACAUGGUGGGGAAAUAGUCCUCAGUGGACAGUUUAUCAUAGUGACUGAGAGAAGAAAAAAGACGGGACUUUCCAAUUACUCUUUUCAUAUCAAGUUUCUCUAAAAAGCUCAAUUACUUCUAAUCUAUACUUUCACUUUCAUCAAACUGACACUUCUAUCUAAUUUCCAAAUGUGGAAACUUUAUAUUUGUAAAAUUUCCAACAGGCUUUGUUUUAUUAAUUCUCAUUACUGUUAAAUUACUAUAUUAAUUUUUAUAAUUUUAUUCCCAGACUUCCUUCCUGCUAUUUGUACCACACAAUAAGGAUGGCUGUCACAACAGCAAGACUUCCCUUCUCCUAGGUUGUCAAUUACUAAUAACUUUUUUUGAAAGAUGUAAAACACUGAAGGAAAUGACAUACUAAAGUCUUAUUUUUAUUUUUGUUCAUGGAAAGAUGGAUUCAAAUAAAUUAUUCUGGUUUUGAUUUU